AUGGGAAAGGAAGAAGAAGGAAGGACAGUCUCCCCCGGGCCAGAUGGGGGAUUUUAUAACCUCCUGCGGGGAGUCUUCUGUCCGGCGGAUGCUCCUCUCCUGGCGGAGGCGAGUGUGAUGGCAAGGAUUGCGAAGGCCUCGAAGGAGCCAUUGGACCACUCGGGGCACAUUGACUCGCACCCCUCCCUCUGUACCCCCAAUCCCCGAGCUCCGUCUGCACGACGCCAGCCUUCCACUAGGGUUUCCGCCCUUCCGUGGCGGCGUGGUGCAAAUCCGGUCUCGAUCUACGCCCCUCUUCCUGGUCUAACUUUCGAGGCCAAAGCGUAA